AUGAUCACUCCUGUGAUCAAAAGGGAAGUGAGCCCUGAGCAGCCGCUCGCAGCUAUACCCUCACGACGCACAAGAGGAGCCAUAACCUCUAUGCACGCUCUUUUAGCGCCGACUCGCAAUGGCGACUGCGAUACGAAGUCUUCUGUACCACUAAAGCCAUCACCGCGAUCGAAGCCACCCGUUCAGGUGAAGACAAAGAUGCUAUCCACGGAGCUGUACCGUUUCGCUGCCGACCUCGCUGCGCUGCCGGCACCAGCCACAUAUCGCAAGGGCUUUUCAUGCAAUUACAAGGCUAGAGGGGCUGGUGUGGCGGAUAGUCCACGUGCCAUUACGCCGUCAGUGUUGUCGUCGCUUUCAUCUCAAGCGAUUUCGGCCCCGCCGCUACCAAAACAAACAGUCGCGUCCAUCCAAACACACCCAAAUCACCUCGUUUUGGCAGGCCACAAUUCCACACGUUUGACUCGAAUCUUGAGUCACGGCUUUCCUCUACGCACAUAUUCACGACAUAACGCGCACACGGCAGCCAUGGAGGGAUUCCCGUUCGAUCAAUGCAACGCGACUGGCGAUGUCGCAGAAGGAGACAUGAGCAUGUUCAAUACAAACAUGCUAUUUCCCGCAGGAAUACCUGACAUGGUCACGUUAACACGCAACGAGUACCAGACUCAACAAGUUUAUACGCAGAUCCUCCAAGACUCGAACUUCGCGACUCAACAAAAAGUUGACAAGCAGCACGUCGUCAUCAGCGAGCUGGCUGAUUUCAACCGGCACAUGCACUCCACAAUGCACAAGCUCGACGCGCGCGUUGCUCAACUCGAGCACGACAACGCGUACUUUCGCUCUAUCGCUGCAAGCCAUGCCGUGCCAAGUCUCCCAGUACAGGCGCCCUCAGGCACAGUCAACGAUGGUCUCCCUGAAAAUAACAAUCGCAGCCCUUUCUCCAGGCUGAGUCAGAAACAAAAGCUCGACAACAGUUCCGCAAAGCGUCCUGUAGCCGAUGCGUUCGCAGCAGAAGGCGUAACAAUGCCUGGCAGAACCAAGUACCGGAAGAAGCUGCAGGUGAACAUUCCUGGCAAGGAGAACGGAGUGCCUCUGGGACUUGGUCUGCCCACUCCGAUGCCCUCGGCUCUUCAGCCUGCAUCUUCCUCGGCUGUGGCAGCCGCAUUCCUGAACACUCCCAGAACACCUUACACACCGGGUAGGAUCGGUCCCCCCGACUCAUACAAGAGGACUACAACAUCGAUCAAUAAGAGGGAUAUUCACAACCUCAAUAGGUUCAUUCCCCCGGCCAACGUUCUGCUACCUAUGGUACCACUGACGGAUACUGAGGUGAUCGUCUACUUCUUCAAUUCGCUAUCGAAACCGAUGGUAUCACUGCGCUUGUACGCUCGCGGCUGGGGCCCAGCGUCGAUCGUUCAAGCGCUUAACGACCACCGUGAGGUCGAGCCACCAUAUCUCCGUAAUACCUGCUCCGUCAAGUGUACCACCGCUAUCAAGAGCGGGAAGAGGCAAUACGGCAACGAGUGGGAAGAAGAGCAACGCGCCGUGUACGCAGAGGCUGAUGACUGCAAAGCUACCGAUCUCAUUCGUCCAGACGACGAUGAAUCUGUCGAUUACUACAUUCGCGCAUUGUGCGCCAAUCUCAAGCAGCACCCCGAUGGAGAGAAUGCUGGUAUCUUCACAGCCUGCGUGAAGUACUGUGCUGAGCACAAUGCGCCGUAUACUACCUCUAAUGUGUGGCAGCUCGCCGUCGAUCUCCAGGACGGAAAUGUUCCUCAGCACCCGUCGUCUCCUAAUCUUUCCGAUGUAGCUCCUGAACCGCAGAAUCAUGAGCACAUCAAAGAAGAUGAUACCGAUGAUGAGUGGAGCGAAAACGGAGCUCCACUUUCGCCUUCUCCGCUGGCGAAGCGCAAAUCGAACACGACUCAGUCUUCUGGUUCGAUUGGUUUCACAGCUGUGAAUGCUUUGCGCGACCUGAACAGUGAUGCCGACGAGUGA